AUGGACGAUCUGAAGGACGUUAACAUCGGCCUUAUGCUCUGCGAUGAGGGACACAGACUCAAGAACUGCGAAAGCAAUACUUACACAGCGCUGACAAGUCUGAAGGUCGAACGGAGAGUCAUUCUAUCCGGAACACCAAUCCAGAAUGAUCUUACGGAGUACUUCGCCUUGCUCGACUUCGCCAACCCGGGGUAUCUUGGUACCCGAGCAGACUUUCGCAAGAAAUACGAAUUGCCUAUUCUGCGAGGGCGUGACGCUGACGGUUCGGAUGCCGACAAAGAGAAAGGAGCGGCAGCGAAUGCAGAGCUGGGUGCGCUCGUCAACAAGUUGAUCAUCCGUCGCACGAACGACAUCCUCUCGAAGUAUCUGCCCAUCAAAUACGAGCAUGUCGUUUUCUGCAAGAUGGCGCCUUUCCAGCUAGAUCUUUACAAUCACUUCAUUAAGAGUCCUGAAAUCAAAGGUCUGCUGCGAGGCAAAGGCAGUCAGCCCUUGAAAGCCAUCGGCAUCCUCAAGAAGCUCUGUAAUCAUCCAGAUCUUCUCGACCUCGAGGCCGAUCUGCCUGGCAGUGAGGGAUGCUGGCCAAGCGAUUACGUCCCCAAAGAAGCUCGAGGUCGAGACCGUGACGUCAAGUCCUGGUGGUCCGGCAAGUUUCAGGUCCUCGAGAGGAUGCUGGCCCGCAUUCGACAAGACACUACGGACAAGAUCGUUCUCAUCAGCAAUUACACGCAGACCUUGGAUGUGCUCGAGAGGCUGUGCCGGGCUCGCUCUUAUGGCUGCCUGCGACUUGACGGAACCAUGAAUGUCAACAAGAGGCAAAAGCUGGUGGACAAGUUCAAUGAUCCGAAUGGCGACGAGUUUGUGUUCCUGCUCAGCAGCAAGGCUGGUGGCUGUGGUAUCAACCUGAUUGGUGCGAAUCGAUUGAUCUUGUUUGAUCCGGAUUGGAACCCAGCAGCUGAUCAGCAAGCUCUGGCUCGUGUCUGGCGAGAUGGUCAGAAGAAGGACUGUUUCGUGUAUCGCUUCAUGGGUACUGGCACCAUCGAGGAGAAGAUCUUCCAGCGCCAGUCCCACAAGCAAGCCCUGUCAUCGACAGUGGUCGACUCCGCCGAAGAUGUGGAGCGUCAUUUCUCCUUGGACUCUCUACGAGAGCUGUUCCACUUCAAGCCAGAUACACGAAGCGAUACCCACGAUACUUUCAAAUGCAAGAGAUGCAAGCCAGACGGCACGCAGACGAUCAAAGCUCCGGCGAUGCUAUAUGGCGACACAAGUACAUGGAAUCAUUUUGUCAACAGCGGCGAACAAGGUCAGCUCGGUCGAAUCCAAGACUUGCUUCUGCGACAAGAGGCUUCGGAAGAUGCGAUCAGUGCAGUAUUCCAGUACAUAUCUCACUGA